ACGUGUCAGCGGCAGACGCACCAUGGAGCUGGACGAAGAACGCCAGGGUUUCUUCCGGCCGUUCAGCCAGGGCGUGUUCCGCGGUCUCCGUGCCGACCAGUGGGCCAGCUUCUGCAGCCUCAGCUCCGACGAACAGCGCAUCGGCUUCGUCUACGACCUGCCGGAAGUGCGACAGGUGGCGUUGGCCGAGGUAUUCAAGGAGAAGGACGAGGCUGAAGCGAAGAAGAAGAAGGAUGAGGGCAACGCGGCGUUCCUGGCGGGGGACUAUCCGGCCGCCAUGCGCUGCUACAGUCGGGCUAUGGCCGUGGCGCCCUUCAAAGAAGACGGCACGAGCGAGCUGGUGGCGGUGUGCGCCGCCAACAGGUCGGCCUGCCUCUUCCACGCCGGCCGGCACGCGCGCUGCCUGGCCGACGUCGAGCUGGCCCUGCAGUCGGGCUACCCGGUUGCCCUGCGGUUCAAGGUGCUGGACAGGAGAGCCCGCAGUCUGAUGGCACUGAAACGCUUCAGCGAAGCCAAGACAGCAUUCCAGAGCGUCAUUAAAGCUCUGGACGACGCCAAUCUGGAGGCAGGCAAACACUUACAUUGGCAGAAGGAAAUACAGAAGAUGCUAGUACUGUUCGACACGGCUAAAUACACGGAUGCACCGGCCAAGCCUCAGUCCUGGCUGCCGCCGCUGCCUCCGUUGACGUCCGGAGCGAACCCGGACUAUCCGUCCGCCUCCAAAAAGGUGGCGUUCAGCUCGACAUCGACGGAGGGCCGGUUCGCCGUGAGCAGCCAGCCCGUGGCCGUGGGUGACGUGCUGGUGGUGGAGCGGCCGUUCGCGGCCGUGCUCCGGCCAGAGAAACACGGCACACACUGUAUCCACUGCCAGACCAGGAUCCGGGACUGCGUGCCCUGCACUGGGUGCGCCGGCGUGUUGUUCUGCUCGCUCUCGUGCCGCACGGCCGCGCUCGACACCUACCACCGGUUCGAGUGCCGCAUCCUGGACCUGCUGUACGCCUCGGGCAUGAGCGUGACCUGCAUGCUCUCGCUGCGGCUGGUGAGCCGGCUGCGGCUGCAGCAGCUGCUGGAGGCGCGGCCGCGGCUCGACCGGCCGGCGGAGCGCUACGACCCGGACGACUACGGGAAUAUCCACCGGCUGGUCAGCCACGCCGAGGGCAGGACGGCGGAGGCCGUGUUCCCGCUGGCAUUGAUGGCCGCCUUCAUGCUGCGCUGCCUCGAGUUCCAGAACUACUUCGGGCCAGAGGUGGACACCACGAGCCUGGACGACACGCGGCGCUACGUGGGCGCUCUGCUGCUACACCACAUCCAGCUGGUGCCCUACAACGCGCACGAGGUGGCCGAGCUGCAGAUGAAGGGCUUCAACAACAUCGACGACUCUCAGAGCCAGUUCCUCGGCGCGGCCGUGUACCCGACACUGGCGCUGUUCAACCACUCGUGCGACCCGGGGAUCGUGCGAUAUUUCAGCGGAACGACUGUCAUAGUUCGGGCAAUAAAGAAUAUCAGCAAAGGCGAGAUGAUCGCCGAGAACUACGGCCCCAUUUUUACGCAGAAGACGUUGAGGGAGAGACUUCAGUAUCUUCGCGAACGUUACGAGUUUGAAUGCAAAUGCAAGCCGUGCACGGAGCUCUGGCCAACGUUUGCUGAAAUGGACAACUCCAUGUGGAAGUUUAAAUGUCAAACUUGCAAGAGCGCGCUGCCCGUGUCGACGGAGACGCUGUCGCCGUUGUUCACCUGCUCUAGCUGCGGACACGAGACGAACAUCAUGAAGGCGCUGAAGGUGUUGCAGGACACCGAGGCCACCUUCAAGGCUGGUAUGCGAGACCUGGAGACCGGGGACCUGAACCGCGGUAUGGAGAAGCUGAAGGACAACCUGACCAGGCUGGAUGAGUGUCUGUACCCUCCCUUCAGGGACUAUCACCUCUGUCAGCAGGCCGUCAGGAAGGUUAUGCUAACGCUCGGCAACAAAUAUGUGGCCGAGAGGAAGGCGUAGAGCCAGUCGAAGUUUCUUCACAUCGAACGUGUGAUUUUGUGAUUUUUUAGUAAUGUUUCCCAGCAAGAUGUUUCACCCCCGUUUUCUAAGCGUGGUUUAUCCGGAAAUAUUUGACUUCGCGCGUUAUAAAACGCCGGGCAGAUUUGCUGCUUGGAUGUUCUUCUGCAAAUAUCCGUUCUCGUGGUGAAUAAACCGAUAAA